AUGGACCGGUUGGACCAACUGGCCUGUUGGUCCGAUGGACCGGUUGGUCCAACUAGCCUGUUGGUCCGAUGGACCGGUUGGACCAUCUGGCCUGUUGGUCCGAUGGACCGGUUGGACCAUCUGGCCUGUUGGUCCGAUGGACAACUGGCCUGUUGGUCCGAUGGACCGGUUGGACCAUCUGGCCUGUUGGUCCGAUGGACCGGUUGGACCAUCUGGCCUGUUGGUCCGAUGGACCGGUUGGACCAACUGGCCUGUUGGUCCGAUGGACCGGUUGGACCAUCUGGCCUGUUGGUCCGAUGGACCGGUUGGACCAACUGGCCUGUUGGUCCGAUGGACCGGUUGGACCAACUGGCCUGUUGGUCCGAUGGACCGGUUGGACCAUCUGGCCUGUUGGUCCGAUGGACCGGUUGGACCAACUGGCCUGUUGGUCCGAUGGACCGGUUGGACAACUGGCCUGUUGGUCCGAUGGACCGGUUGGACCAUCUGGCCUGUUGGUCCGAUGGACCGGUUGGUCCAACUGGCCUGUUGGUCCGAUGGACCCGGUUGGACCAUCUGGCCUGUUGGUCCGAUGGACCGGUUGGACCACUGGCCUGUGGGUCCGAUGGACCGGUUGGACCAUACUGGCCUGUUGGUCCGAUGGACCGGUUGGACCAUCUGGCCUGUUGGUCCGAUGGACCGGUUGGACCAACUGGCCUGUUGGUCCGAUGGACCGGUUGGACCAACUGGCCUGUUGGUCCGAUGGACCGGUUGGUCCAACUAGCCUGUUGGUCCGAUGGGACCCGGUUGGACCAUCUGGCCUGUUGGUCCGAUGGACCGGUUGGACCAUCUGGCCUGUUGGUCCGAUGGACCGGUUGGACCAACUGGCCUGUUGGUCCGAUGGACCGGUUGGACCAUCUGGCCUGUUGGUCCGAUGGACCGGUUGGACCAACUGGCCUGUUGGUCCGAUGGACCGGUUGGACCAAUCUGCCUGUUGGUCCGAUGGACCGGUUGGACCAACUGGCCUGUUGGUCCGAUGGACCGGUUGGACCAACUGGCCUGUUGGUCCGAUGGACCGGUUUGGGACCAACUGGCCUGUUGGUCCGAUGGACGGUUGGACCAACUGGCCUGUUGGUCCGAUGGACCGGUUGGACCAUCUGGCCUGUUGGUCCGAUGGACCGGUUGGACCAACUGGCCUGUUGGUCCGAUGGACCGGUUUGGACCAUCUGGCCUGUUGGUCCGAUGGACCGGUUGGACCAACUGGCUCUGUUGGUCGAUGGACCGGUUGGACCAACUGGCCUGUUGGUCCGAUGGACCGGUGGACCAACUAGCCUGUUGGUCCGAUGGACCGGUUGGACCAUCUGGCCCUGUUGGUCGAUGGACCGGUUGGACCAUCUGCCUGUUGGUCCGAUGGACCGGUUGGACCAACUGCCUGUUGGUCCGAUGGGACCGGUUGGACCCAUUCUCGGCCUGUUGGUCGAUGGACCGGUUGGACCAACUGGCCUGUUGGUCCGAUGGACCGGUUGGACCAUCUGGCCUGUUGGUCCGAUGGACCGGUUGGACCAACUGGCCUGUUGGUCCGAUGGACCGGUUGGACCAACUGAGCCUGUUGGUCCGAUGGAUCCGGUUGGACCAAUCUGGCCUGUUGGUCCGAUGGACCGGUUGGACCAUCUGGACUGUUGGUCCGAUGGACCGCCUGUUGGUCCGAUGGACCGGUUGGACCAUCUGGCCUGUUGGUCCGAUGGACCGUUGGACCAUCUGGCCUGUUGGUUCCGAUGGACCGGUUGGACCAAUCUGCCUGUUGGUCCGAUGGACCGGUUGGACCCAACUGGCCUGUUGGUCCGAUGGACCGGUUGGACCAUCUGGCCUGUUGGUCCGAUGGACCCGGUUGGACCAUCUGGCCUGUUGGUCCGAUGGACCGGUUGGACCAACUGGCCUGUUGGUCCGAUGGACCGGUUGGACCAUCUGGCCUGUUGGUCCGAUGGACCGGUUGGACCAACUGGCCUGUUGGUCCGAUGGACCGGUUGGACCAACUGGCCUGUUGGUCCGAUGGACCGGUUGGUCCAACUAGCCUGUUGGUCCGAUGGACCGGUUGGACCAACUGGCCUGUUGGUCCGAUGGACCGGUUGGACCAUCUGGCCUGUUGGUCCGAUGGACCGGUUGGACCAACUGGCCUGUUGGUCCGAUGGACCGGUUGGACCAUCUGGCCUGUUGGUCCGAUGGACCGGUUGGACCAACUGGCCUGUUGGUCCGAUGGACCGGUUGGACCAUCUGGCCUGUUGGUCCGAUGGACCGGUUGGACCAACUGGCCUGCUGGUCCGAUUGGACCGGUUGGACCAUCUGGCCUGUUGGUCCGAUGGACCGGUUGGACCAACUGGCCUGUUGGUCCGAUGGACCGGUUGGACCAACUGGCCUGUUGGUCCGAUGGACCGGUUGGUCCAACAAGCCUGUUGGUCCGAUGGACCGGUUGGACCAUCUGGCCUGUUGGUCCGAUGGACCGGUUGGACCAUCUGGCUUGUUGGUCCGAUGGACCGGUUGGACCAACUGGCCUGUUGGUCCGAUGGACCGGUUGGACCAACUAGCCUGUUGGUCCGAUGGAUCGGUUGGACCAACUGGCCUGUUGGUCCGAUGGACCAGUUGGACCAUCUGGCCUGUUGGUCCGAUGGACCGGUUGGUCCAACUAGCCUGUUGGUCCGAUGGACCGGUUGGACCAUCUGGCCUGUUGGUCCGAUGGACCGGUUGGUCCAACUAGCCUGUUGGUCCGAUGGACCGGUGGGACCAUCUGGCCUGUUGGUCCGAUGGACGGUUGGACCAUCUGGCCUGUUGGUCCGAUGGACCGGUUGGUCCAACUAUGUUCGGGGACCGGUUGGACCAUCUGGCCUGUUGGUCCGAUGGACCGGUUGGACCAUCUGGCCUGUUUGGUCCGAUGGACGGUUGGACAUCUGGCCUGUUGGUCCGAUGGACCGGUUGGACCAACUGGCCUGUUGGUCCGAUGGACCGGUUGGACCAUCUGGCCUGUUGGUCCGAUGGACCGGUUGGACCAACUGGCCUGUUGGUCCGAUGUACCGGUUGGACCAACUGGCCUGUUGGUCCGAUGGACCGGUUGGACAACUGGCCUGUUGGUCCGAUGGGACCGGUUGGACCAUCUGGCCUGUUGGUCCGAUGGACCGGUUGGACCAACUGGCCUGUUGGUCCGAUGGACCGGUUGGACCAACUAGCCUGUUGGUCGAUGGACCGGUUGGACCAAUCUGGCCUGUUGGGUCCGAUGGACCGGUUGGACCAUCUGGCCUGUUGGUCCGAUGGACCGGUUGGACCAACUGGCCUGUUGGUCCGAUGGACCGGUUGGACCAUCUGGCCUGUUGGUCCGAUGGACCGGUUGGACCAACUGGCCUGUUGGUCCGAUGGACCGGUUGGACCAACUGGCCUGUUGGUCCGAUGGACCGGUUGGACCAACUGGCCUGUUGGUCCGAUGGACGGUUGGUACCAACUGGCCUGUUGGUCCGAUGGACCGGUUGGACCAUCUGGCCUGUUGGUCCGACUGGACCGGUUGGACCAACUGGCCUGUUGGUCCGAUGGACCGGUUGGACCAUCUGGCCUGUUGGUCCGAUGGACCGGUUGGACCACCACUGGCCUGUUGGUCCGAUGGACCGGUUGGACCAACUGGCCUGUGGUCCGAUGGACGGUUUGGACCAACUGGCCUUUGGUCCGAUGGGGACCGGUUGGACCAUCUGGCCUGUUGGUCCGAUGGACCGGUUGGACCAACUGGCCUGUUGGUCCGAUGGAACGGUUGGACCAUCUGGCCUGUUGGUCCGAUGGACCGGUUGGACCAUCUGGCCUGUUGGUGCGAUGGACGGUUGGACCAACUGGCCUGUUGGUCCGAUGGACCGGUUGGACCAUCUGGCUGUGGUCCGAUGGACCGGUUGGACCAACUGGCCUGUUGGUCCAAUGGACCGGUUGGACCAUCUUGCCUGUUGGUCCGGUGGACCGGUUGGACCAACUGGCCUGUUGGUCCGAUGGACCGGUUGGACCAACUGGCCUGUUGGUCCGAUGGACCGGUUGGUCCAACUAGCUGUUGGUCCGAUGGACCGGUUGGACCAUCUGGCCUGUUGGUCCGAUGGACCG